GCGUCCUAUAUAAGGAGGUGCGCGGAGACCUGGGUGCAUUCGGUGUCUGGAGCUGCUGUGGUCGCGAUGUCUGCCCUGGUGUCCCUGGCCGUGCUAGCAUUGCUCUCUUUGCCGGAUUUGGAUGCCGUCCAGCUUACUCCGAAGGUUCAAGUUUACUCGCGUCAUCCAGCGGAGAAUGGAAAGCCAAACUUCCUGAACUGCUAUGUGUCUGGGUUUCAUCCACCCCAGAUUGACAUUGAUCUCUUCAAGAAUGGAGAAAAGAUACAAAAAGUGGAGCGGUCUGACCUGUCUUUCAGCAAGGACUGGUCUUUCUAUCUCCUGGUCUACACAGAAUUCAUCCCCAAUGAAAAAGACGUAUACACCUGUCAAGUGAAACACAUCACUCUCAGUGAACCUAAGAUAGUUAAGUGGGAACGAGACAAUUAACCAGCAUCAUGGAGAGUUGAAGAUGCUUCAUUCAGAUUGCAAUUAGCCCAAAUUUUGUUCUUUAUCUUUUUAAAAUACUGAUUUGCUUUUUUAUUUCAUACAUGCAAUUCAGAAGGUUAUACUGAUCCUAAGAUGGGUACCACCUCUUUUCAAGAUUCCACUUUUGGAGCUCUGUCCUCAGGUUUGGAGUGUCUGGACAGGUAGUAAUAGGAGGGCUGGCAUCUUAGAGGUGAGGAGGAGAGAAGCUCCAAUUCAACACCAACCUCUUCGGUCUCUUAUACACAAAGCUAAUCAGACAUUUAUGCAUAUUCAGAAUUAAUCUCUACGUAGUAUGCUUUGCUUACAAUUUUGAGAACAUUUUUAGAAACAUAAUUGUCAGGAAUAUUGGAAUUUUGUUAUAAUGGAUGAAAAUUAUUUUUAUGUCUUCCAUCUAUUAAAGUAAGAUGUGAUUGGCCA